AUGGCCACCCAGUCGACUAUCCGCUCCAUCAAGUCGGUCGUUCCGCUCCUCGACCGCGUCCUCGUCCAGCGCUUCAAGCCCGAGACCAAGACCUCGAGCGGCAUCUUCCUCCCCUCUUCGGCCGCCUCGUCGCCCCUCCCCGAGGCCAGCGUCAUCGCCGCCGGCCCCGGCGCCACCGACAAGGAUGGCAAGCUCAUCCCGCCCAGCGUCAAGGCCGGUGACAAGGUCCUUCUCCCCAGCUGGGGCGGCAACUCGAUCAAGGUCGGCGAGGAUGAGUACCUCUUGAUCCGCGACUCGGAGAUUCUCGCAAAGAUCACCGAGUAA